UAGCUCAAAGGUAAGAAGGACUCCAUUUAGAUCCAAAUCUUCCCUUAGGUGUUAAAGUCAGCCUUGUUGUUUUGGGAGAAUACUCUCUGAUGGCCCUAGAGUGUGCCAAUAUAGCUUUGAGUGUACGUACAAGAAGUUAUCAUGACUAAACUUAUUGGAAUUAGUUUAAACAGACUGUUUUCAUGAAGUUCUGGGUGUGAAACUCCCAGUCUUUGAGUCAUAAGCUUUUUGUGUGAAAUUUUAUCAACUUAAGUGAAACUUCUUCUCUCACAUAAGUUCUUUUUGAAGCAAAACUGAAGAGAUUUCUGGUUCUUAAAUUCUUAUGUGACUUGUGAGAAUGUUUCAAACUGGAUACUUUGAGUAAUAAAGUUUGAUUCCCAACAGCACAACCUAGGUAUUGUAUGAUAUAAGACAUAUCCAAAGUAAUUCAAUCAAAAUUUACAUCUCUUCAAUUCUCAUCCUGAUGUUAAUAACAAAUUUUGAGCAACCAUUUUUCCAUUUUCUUUUAAAAAAUUACAAGUUAUUUAUUCUCGAAGUAUUUUUUUGUACUAGAGCUUCCCGAUUAAUAGCUCUACCUUAUCUCUUCUGCAUCAUAAAAUAUGUUCAUAUUUAUUCUCAAAUUCCCUGUUUUAACUUCUAGUUAUUUUUAACUUCAAACUGAGUCUUAGAAUAUGGCUCCUGGUAGCCAUCUUGGAUUUUCUUGAACAAGGGAUGAUAUGCUAAGAUGCUGGUCUGCUUGUUUGAAUUCAAUAGAAUUAAAUCCUACUUAUCAAGAAGGACUUGUUAUCUUUGAGACUUGUGAAAUUAUUCAUCGCAAGACUUGCCAUCAUUUUGCCAUUUAUAAGUCUCCCAAAUUUGUUCUAAAAUUAAGGUACAUUUUCCUUUUUAUAAGAUAAAUUUAAACCCUAGCGUUGAAGGAGGCAGACUCGCUAGAGGAGCUUUCAGACCUCCAGAAAAUCAGUGAUUUAAAGUUAUUAGUGAUGCUAAUUAUUAUUAAGGAAAAAUUGCAUGCUUAUGAAGGCAUUUGCCAUACCACCAACAUUACUAAUAAUUAUUAAUUAAUAAUUUAUGCCACAUGAAGAUGCCUGAUUGUGUGCA